UUGGUUCCAGAUCUCACGGGUGAAACAUGGCACGUAUUGCACUGGUGACGCUGUUCUGCUUGGUGUGCUUAAGCACAGGUGUUUUGGGUUCGCUUUUUGAAGGCGGCGAAGAUGGCGGUCUUUUUGAACAAUUUUCCGACAAACCCAUACUCAAAAUGAUGUUUCUGAAGAAUGUCCUCGGUGGAGCAGUUGGUGGUGGUAGCGGACCACCCCCCGUACUCAAAGCUUUGCUUUUAAAGAAGAUAUUUAGCGAAUCAGCUGGCGAAGAAGACGAAUCCAGCCCGCUAUUACGUGCAUUGUCCGGCGACACCCCAUCACCUAUCCUCCGUGCUUUGAUUGCCAAGCAAAUUAUGCAAAAUGGAGACCAGGCCAUAUUACCAAAAUUGUUGUUGUUGAAGACGAUUGUUACCAAUGUACGAGAGAAAAUAGUGGCCGAUAUUAAGGAAGCAAUUGAGGAUAAACGUAUCUAUUCGUUUGCCGUGCCAUUAGUAGCUGACAGUGCUUUGGAAUACACUAACGAUGAAGGUGAAAUGAAAGGUUUCCAGAUCGAUCUGCUCAAAAAAGUGUGCGAAGUUGCCGGAAAGAAAUGCGUGGGCAUUUACGAUUCAACUGAAAACUGUGUGGGCCACGAUGGACGCCAUUUUACUGUUGGAAAGGGUCUCGCUGGGAAGGAAUACGAUGCCUGCUUUGGUUGGUUUAAGUCUGUCGCACGCUCCCAAGCAGUUAACUUCACCGAAUCAUACUGGGAAAUUGAGAAUAAAUAUAACUUCUACGUUAAAGAAGGAAACCCGAAUGGAUUUGACCCGACCAAUAUUGGGAGCAAGCGUAUUGGUUUUGUAACUGCAUGGGCUGGCGGCGACCCUUGUCUGUCUGGCAUAGAUGGCUAUGAUACAGCGAGCAGCAACUAUGCCCAAAAUCUAAUCGCUCUCCUCGACAACUUGAAAAACGAUGAGGAUGACGCCAUCUUUCUGCAACAAGCUUAUUCACAGCCAGCUCUUGAUAAGGGAUACAUUCGAAUUGGGGACGUUAUUGAGUGUUCUGAUUCGGAAGUUGUACAUGGUGUAUACAGGAAGGAUAAUCCACUUACAUGGUUCAGUGACACACUGAGGGCAAUGAAAGAAGACGGCACAUAUUACGGAGUAUGUGCUAAGGCCGCAAAUGACCACGCCGAAAAGGGAGGUGUCAGCUGUGUAUAAAGAAGAACAGAGCAUGGUUAGAUUCAGAUGUUCAAAUUUGUAAUCUUAGUUAAACAUCAAAAAUACAUUUUAAAACGCAUAGAUCGUAAUAAUAAUCGCUACAAUAAGACGUAGUUAAUAGAAAUAUUUUUUAUUAGUUAUGUUCUAUUCGACUGUAUACAUACUUUUAUUAUGACUAGAAUACAAUUAUGAAAUAAAUAGUAUACACAAAAUAA